AGCCAGCUGUGCGGCUAGUCCCAUUCAAGGGCUGGGUAAAUUCUUAUCCGAGAAUUCAUCGGGUGCGUCAAAGGAAACGGCCGAGUGUGAAUUGCGGAGGAAAUUCUAAAAUUGUCCGAUCGCGACAGUUAACGGAAGACAAGGGUGUUUAUUAUUUUGUGCAGUUGCUAAUACGCAACUGAGCACACUGCACACAGAGCUCUGCUGUACCAGCCAUUUUUUUCUUUUUUUCCAUACAGCAAAGUCGUGAUUGUUUUCGUCCCGUGCAGGCGCAGCCAAUGGUGCGCUCGCGGUUAUAAAUUUCGAAGCACAGUACAAACUUGGAGGAUCACGAGCCUCAGAAAUACACCAUUUUCUGUCUCAGACCCUCUGCGGCAGGCACGCGCCGAGGAUUCUAAACAGCGGACGGCCGAGAUGGGAGUUUCUGGAGCUUACAACUUUAACGACUCCAUCGUUUUGCCGAAAGGAUUUUACAUCGUCGGAUUUACGUCUUUACCGUUUUCUCAUUUAUAUUUAAUUUUCUUAACCGUCGUUUAUGUUGUAACGGUUUUGUCCAACUCGUUUAUCCUCUCCAUUAUAUGGACAGACCUCCGCCUACACACUCCUAAGUACAUUGCGGUUGCUAAUUUAGGGGUUGUUGACACGGUGAUAAGUACAGCCAUUAUUCCUAAUAUGAUCAAGAUGUUUCUCGCAAAAGAUAAUUUUAUUUCCUACAAUGCAUGUUUGACACAGAUGUACUUUUAUUACUGUUUUGUAUCGCUAGAGUCAUUUUCCCUCAGUGUACUGGCUUAUGACAGGUUAAUUACGAUAUGUUUCCCACUGAGGCACAGUACCAUCAACACGCCCACGAGCAUGAUCAUUAUUUUAGCGAUUGUUUGGUCGUUUUGUAUAAGCAUCAAUGUGUUCACGACCGUAAUCAUGACAAAACUGUCUUUUUGUGAUUCCGUCGAAGUGUACAGCUAUUUCUGUGACUACGCGCCAGUGUUCAGAUUGUCCUGCAAUGACAACAGAUUGCAGUGGGCCGCUGCUUCUUAUUUGAGUUUAAUUAUUGUGUUUGGACCCCUUAGUUUCAUCGUGUUAUCAUACGUGUGCAUUUUGACAGUCGUGUUUAGAAUGAAACAUGUGCGGAGCCGGUACAAAGCACUUGCAACGUGCACAGAGCAUCUCGUUCUAGUGGCGAUUUUCUACGUGCCGAUCUUGACGGUGUUCAUUAUUGGACUGUUCUUAUUUCGCAUCGAUCCGGAUGUCAGGAUGGUGAACUUGUCGUUAGCCUCGUGCAUCCCGCCCUGUCUGAACCCCAUCGUGUAUUCCCUGUCAACCAAAGAAAUCAAGAACAGAAUACUGGCUAUGCUCCAGAAAGCCAAAAUAGCAGCGUGGACAGGGCAGGUGUAGGCUGAAAGGAUGUAGCAAAUUUUACAUUAUGAAAUGAAUAGCAUCAGUUUCUUUGGAGACCUUGGUGCUUGGCUUCAACUGCGCAUUUCUCUGCGGAAUUAUAAAGCUGUAUUUUACUGUAAAGCACAGUUCAGCUCACUAAGUUCACACAGACAUGCGCAGUUGAGGCCAAACGCCAAGGUCCAAAAUCUCUGUCCGGAGGUCUAUAGUAGACUACAAGGAGUCGAUUUAUGUUAUACCGUAUUUGACUGCGGUUUUAAUCUCUCAAGACUUAAUUUGCUUUGUCAUUAUGACUGUCUGUGUGUAUGUCAGGUCCCCCUUGAAAAGAGCUCUUAAUCUAAAUGGGGUUUCCUGGUAAAAAUUAAGGAUAAAUAAAAACAAAAGACCGAAAUAUAGAAUGCAAAGUAAUGCAUAGAAAAUGUGUCAUCCUUAUGUUGAUUAAACACUCGGUGUGAUGCAACAGGUCUAAAGGGGCAUGUCACACCAAUCAGUCCCCUGACAAGUUAAAAUUUAAUAAAGAUAUUCAACGGGAUUAUUAUAGGCUUGGCCAGUGCUAGGCCAAAUGUUGGGUCACAUCAUCUUACCAUUUUAUCCCGGUGUAUUUGCAGGACUAGGCAGUCUCUACAGUUUUUGCACCUUAUCAAAAAUCAGCCGACGCCUUUGAGUUUCUAAUGAGACAUUCAAUACAUUUGCACAACCCCAUUUGAAUAAAAUGUGUGAAAUAAC